CAGCCGCUGUGUUACUCUCGCUCCCCACAAUGAAAUACGUACUGUUCUUCAUGGGGUUGGCAGCCCUGGUUGCCUCUGCAAUAGCUGCCCCUGGAGGCAUUGGUUAUGGCGGUGGAUAUAGAGGUGGAUUGGGAGGAUUCGGCGGUGUAUAUAGAGGCGGAUUGGGAGGAUUCGGCGGUGGAUAUGGAGGAGGAUUUGGUGGUGGAUACGGAGGCUACGGCGCUGGUUAUGGAGGCUACGCUGGUGGAAGAGCUAAUAUCAACUUCAAUUUGGGACAUGGUGGCGGAUAUGGUGGUGGCUAUGGAGGACAUGGCCUAGGUCUGGGCUUUGGACGUGGUGUAGGAUACGGCGGUGGCUAUGGUGGUUAUGGAAAAUAAAUAUCCUAUUUCUCCAACCACAUAAGAAAAGCAAAGCCAUAAUAUUAAAAUAUAUUAUAUAUUUGUAAACAAUAUUUUU